AUUCCAGACAUAAUGCGAUAGGACUGGCGCGAAAUUCAGCGCAAUAUUGUCAAUAAGUUGGAAGCAAAUAAACCAACUGUAUGUCAUACAACUCUGUCGGAGAGGCAAAUAAUGAACGCCUGGAGUCUACCCAGAAUGGAUGCUGCACUCUGAAAUCGUGUGGAGAAAUGUUAAAACAGUUAUUGUGAAAGAAAAAAAGCGAGUCAGAGAAUUAGUUAAUGCAUGGAAUACACCAUCAUCCAUUCAUAAAUUCAAUUGACAGCAAGUAUGAGAACGACAACUGAGAUAAAUAAAAUAUAAUAAUCACAUUUGGGAUUCAAUAUUUAUCGAUUGAAAUUCUGAGAUAGUGGCGCCUAGUUUACAGGGUGCGUUGCCCUGAGUUUUUUUGGUUUCUGCAACUAAGUCUUCUAGUAUAGUUUCGAUCGUCCUUCACGUUUGGAAACCUCAAGAUUAAUAGACCAUCACGUUCCUCAAAGUUGGGUUGAAACGUUGGCGGACUUUCAAAUUCACUGGAGAUGAUAUUCCCAGCUUUAGAAAAAAUAUGCUUGUACUCAACAGUUUUCGUCGGUUAAUCAACACUCAGUCGAUAUCAUUCCAACCAAGGAUUAGAAAAUUAUUUAUUCAAGUCCAAGAAACUCCCAAUCCUAACAGCUUAAAAUAUUUUCCUGGUAAACCUGUACUAGGUUCUGGUACUAGAGACUUUCCAUCUUGCACGCAAUCCACGUCUUCCCCGUUGGCUAGACAGUUGUUUCGAAUCGAAGGGGUUGAACGAGUCUUCUUUGGUCCUGAUUUCAUCACGAUUACUAAGAAUGACGACUUCGAAUGGGCUGUAAUAAAACCUGAUGUAUAUGCGACUAUAAUGGAUUUCUACAGUUCUGGACAACCUGUUGUCAGUGAAGAAAAAGCACAAGACUUAAACAAAACCUGUGAUGAAGAAGAUGAAACAGUAUUAAUGAUAAAAGAACUACUGGAUACCCGAAUAAGACCCACUGUUCAAGAAGACGGCGGUGAUAUUAUUUUCAAGGUAAUCUCAUAUUUUAGCUGUUCAUGUAGUGUGGUAUUCUUUGUCUUUUGUUCAGACAACUAAUAGCUUGGUAUUUGUUAGCAUAUAUGACAUGAAUAAUAUUCCAUUUAGUGUGAUUUGUAAUCACAUUACUGUUACCUUAUUUCAAGUUAUUUUUUGAAUAACUGUGAAAAAAGCCUAUGAAGUCGGCCCACUUAUUUAGACUGGCUGUAAAUUUUUAAUGAUAUACUUAUGACACUGAACAUAAUUCUAUACAACACCAAGUUCGGUACACCACUUACUGACUUAAUAGGUUCAAAAUGCUUUCUUAUUCUCAUCUUCUCCCAGUACAUUUGUUGUAACUUUAAGGUUGGCUAGUUAUCACGUGAUUUAUUCACCGAUCGAAAUACGACUUAUUAACUCUUGUACUGUACUAAACCAAUGACGUUCGACCGGUAUGAGCAGCCUAGCGUCCUUAUUGAUCCUUUGCUUACCUAGCCCGCCCAGUUGAGUCCAGAACACCAAUAACAGCUCCCGCCAUGCGAAUCAUUUAUUUCAAACAUGCUUGGUUUAUAUAUCAGCCAAACAGACCGCAUCAUACCAUAAAUUAGGAAAUAACCUCUAUACAAGAUCAAGCCAAAAAGUGGAUGUGAACGUGGGAGACGAUAACCAAUAAACUGAACAUAAUUUAAGAACAGCAAAUCGUACAGUAAUAAUCUAUAGGUCAAAAUGAAGCUUAUAAUAAGAGGAAUAUAGAUAUACCUAAUUUAGUUACGGAACAGUUGUACAAUAGGAAUAUAUAAUAUUAGUCUAUUAAUAGAUCUCGGAAGUUACCCGUAAUUUUAUCUUCACUAGGAUAUAACGAAAUUAACUUACUAGUUAAGACUAUACAGGUGACAUGGUCCUGUAUGGUAUGACACCUAAGAUAAUACGUCUUUUCAGCACCCAAGGAUGCUCGAGUUGUAUUUUCCCGGAGUUAUUUGAGUAUUGUUCUACAAUUAUACCACUUAUGUUGGCUAAAAUAAUAGCUAAAAUCUGGUAUCUGAACGUGAUCACUCCUAACUGGUCUUGACCCCUGGUCGUUCCAAAUCAUAAGAAUUAUUAAAUUCCUCUAGUGAUAACCACAGAGGGAUGAGUGUGACUGAAAUAUUAGCCUUUAUAAUCAUUCAACGUUUAAAUGGAGCAAGGAACACUGCAAAUUUGAAAAAACAGGCUUAGAUGUGGUUGUUGAUGUGUUGUGCAAAUUUUUAGCCUUCAUUACGUUUUACAACGCGGAAACAUAUACUGACCACAGACUUAAAUCAUAUUCUCCCACUUAAAGUUGGGACUCGAGUUUGGGGGUCGGUUGGUUUUUUGCAAUACUUGCCACUAUGAGGUGUAUCAGAGAAAUAUGUAAAGUUCCAGAGGGCUCCUCAUUCGGUUUCAAAUGGUCACAUUAGGGGAUCCACUUGCCCGAACGACGUGGUUCAGUUUGGUGAAAACCCUACCAAAUUACAGUCUUAUGAACACUUUUAAAAACAAUACAAGCAAGUUUGUAGUUCGUUUCUCUCCUUAUAAAUACAAAAUACGACUUUAGGGCUGGUCCGGAUCAGCUCCUAGACUGACCAUAGACAACAAAGUAGUUGAACGCGUUGGUCACUUAACUUAUCGUAAGGAAUUCAUUUUUCCUGAUGGUAGGUGUUUCCGUACUUAUAUUUUUUUCUAUGAAUUCCAAAACUGUAUCAUUUUUUUCAGGAUUUUAAAGAUGGUAUAGUGCUAUUAAAACUACAAGGAUCUUGCUCAAGUUGUCCUAGUUCCGUAGUUACUUUGAAAAAUGGUGUACAGAAUAUGCUUCAGUUUUAUAUACCAGACGUAUUAGGCGUCGAACAAGUUGAAGAUGAAUUAGAUGCGGUAUCCAAAGAACAGUUUGACAAAUUAGAACAGAACAUACAUAAUAAAGAGAAAAGUGAAUGAACAAGUUAAUGCGUAGAUUAAACAAUGGGAUAGUAUUAUUGUACAUCGUCUGAUGAGAGUCACUUGUUAAUAUGAAAUAAUGUACAUACUCGAAUUCGCUAUAGUUUAAUCAAUAAAAUAUCAGUAAUAUAUCUUGACCAACUUUGUUUUCAUUUGUGCUGUUUCUUCAUAUCAACAGAUAUGAUAGAGAAAUAACCAUGUUGUAAAGUAAAAGUACAAAAAGCUGGGUAGUUGGAAGUGAAGUCAUUCAGUACAUGCCAGCUUUGUACGGUAGGAUUAUUUUAUGUCUGCAUAUAUUUAUCAAAUUACUGAAUAAAUGUUGUUAUUUUUCCUAUGUCUCACUCCCAGUUUAGUUGACACUAAAAUCAUGAACCGAACUAAGUUGUGUAACCAUUAAAAACAAUGAGGCACUGGACAGGUGUUUCUUCCUGCUGUGUGACUCAGCAUUGUGCAUCCACGACUCCGCCAGAGAUUCAAGGAAGAAAUCUCGCAACUUGCCUUUAGAUCACUGAACUAGCUUCUAAUGGUUCUCAUAUCUAACUUCAAUCAAUCCGUGAAACUGUGUAACUAUCGUUCAUCAUCUUCACUGCAUAACUGCUUCACACUCGAUUCAUUUAAAAUAUACUGGUUGUUAAUACCUUGACG